GCCCCGGCUACGCUGGGGCAGGAGCUGCUGGAGGGAAGCCGGUUCCGCGUGGGGGGACCGGAGGAUCACACGGAGGUGUUACAUGUUUGUGGGUUUAGCUCUGGAUUAAACACCUUUAAAAGGCUCUUUAGCCUAAGCAUGGGCUGUUGCGACUGAGUUUAUCAUCGCGCUGCCUUCCCACCGCAGCAGAGGCGUCACUGAAAGGACCGGCUCGCGUUUGGUUGUUUGCGUGUGCGCUCCUUCUGUGAUGAAAUAAUGAAGCGUGUCUGGGAUAUGGGCGUCUGUAGAAUGUUGCUAAUUAAGUUUUUGUUUGCUUGUUUUGAUGAUAUGCUCUUCUUGAAGAGACAUUCUUUCGAAGGGGUCUCUUCGUAACCUCUUGCGCUGUUCUUGGAGGAAAAGAGGGUGUGUCUGUGACAAUGGACGAAGUUCUGACAGUUCUUCAUUUGCACGCUUCCGUAUUUUGUGUUUGUGUCAUGAUGUAACAAUGUAUAUAUCAUGACAGCAUCAUAUAUAACAUGUACAUGCAAUCCAUGAUAUGUGUCAUAGAACGUAUUUUAUCAUAAGAUAAAAUACAUAAGUGAAGUAGUACUCUGUUUGUUUGUUUUAGGGUGUGUGUUUUUGUGGUUUUGUCAUUUCCUUUUUGGUAAAUUGACCCCAAUGCCUGGCUCCGGGCACUGGUGUACACGAGUGCUGUGUGUUUGCUACCUGGGCUUCCCUGCGAGUUACUGGGCCAUGCAGGAUUUGAUUGCCAUGUUCCAUCAUCCAGGAUCUGCAUGUUUAUGACAAGAUCCUUGCUUAUUUGACCUAAAUUAAGUGAUGGAAUCAUACACUAAAGAAAAAACAUCAUCCUUGGGUCUUUGGUGUUCAUGUUUAUGUGAAAGAAUCUAGGAUGUUUCAAGAAAAGGUGUCAGCAAAUUGCUUAAAUAUAGUACCAACAUCUACUGAAGAUGAUGCUUUCCAGAAAAAGGGCCAUAGUGCUCGAGUCCUUAGCCCAGAAGAAGCAGAAAAACUGGCAAAAGAUCAGGUUUUGGUAUCUGAGUUCAAACAGCUAAAACUGGAGAAAGAGGCACAGAAGAACUGGGAUCUGUUUUACAAAAGAAACAGCACCAACUUCUUCAAGGACAGACAUUGGACAACCAGAGAGUUUCAAGAGUUAAAGGCAUGUCGUGAGUUUGCAGAUCAAAAGCUGACCAUUCUGGAAGCAGGCUGCGGGGUUGGGAACUGCUUGUUUCCACUCUUAGAAGAAGAUAAGAAUAUUUUUGCAUAUGCCUGUGAUUUCUCUCCUAGAGCUGUUGAGUUUGUGAAGAAAAAUGCCUUAUAUAGUACUGAAAGAUGCAAAGUGUUCCAGUGUGAUCUUACCAAAGAUGAUCUUCUAGACAAUAUACCAGCAGAUUCCGUGGAUGUUGUCACACUUAUAUUUGUGCUUUCUGCCAUUCAUCCUGACAAAAUGCAUCUUGUCCUGAGGAACAUUUACAAGGUAUUAAAACCAGGCAAGUGUGUCCUGUUCCGAGACUACGGCCUGUAUGAUCAUGCAAUGCUCAGGUUUAAAUCAGGCAGCAAACUUGGGGAAAACUUUUAUGUCAGACAAGAUGGGACAAGGUCUUAUUUUUUUACUCAAGAGUUCUUAUCUCAGCUUUUCAAGGCUGAGGGAUAUGAGCAAGUGGUCAAUGAAUAUGUGCAGCGAGAAACUGUGAAUAGGAAAGAAGACUUGCGCGUUCCAAGAGUUUUUCUUCAAAGCAAGUUUCAAAAGCCUUUCAGGGAGACAUGAGUUCUUGCUGAUCAGCAACAGCAUUGCUUGUUUGAAAUGGAAACUAGCACAUAAGCUGUGUGCUCAUCUUUCUGGUGAACCAAAAAUGUUGGCAUCCAGUACCUCUUGUUGGUUUCCAUCCUAGGAUACAAAACAUGAAUUCUAUUUCUAAUUCAACCUUAAGACUGUUAAGUGAUGCAGGCAACCUGUUGAGCAUCUGUAUUCCUGCUUCUAAAAUAAAACCUGUGCCACAUUGUUGGAGGAUCAUGUAAAGCAUAUAAAUAAACUUCCAUUUUUAUUAAAAAUUAUUUUUAAAUAAGUA